UUCCAUUCCACCGGAUACUCCAUCCAACAUUCCAAUGAAUUUUUUUCCCCGUUUGUAGGGUUUAUCCUUCAUUUCUUCUCUCUCAUUUCCGAUAACCCGAUUUUAUCGCACGAAAAUCCAUCAAUGGCGGGAAUUAAGCUUCCUCCAGCGGAAGAUACGGCGGAUCUUCCUCAGCAACCUAGAACUCCGGUAACCGGAGAUCUAAUAUCCGACGAUGAUCGCUCCGUCGCCGCCGAUUCGUGGUCCAUUAAGAGCGAAUACGGUAGCACUUUGGAUGACGAGCAGCGUCAUGCUGACGCCACUGAAGCCCUCGCCGCCGCCAAUCUUCGCCCUUCCUCCGACUACAGUUCAGAUAAGGAUUCAGAGAAAGAUGCAGAAGAUGGCGAUGGGAUAGCCUCAAUGCUAGGUCUUCAGAGUUAUUGGGAUGCUACAUACACUGACGAGCUUCAGAAUUUCCGUGAGCAUGGGCAUGCUGGUGAAAUUUGGUUUGGACCUGAAGUCAUGGAUACUGUUGUUUCUUGGACAAAGAGUUUGUGCAUUGACAUUUAUCGACGUCGCUUGUUAAACUACACUGGUGAUGACAAGACAGAACAUGACAAUCAUGCAGUUCAUGACCUGUCAAGUUGGAGCGUACUUGACCUUGGGACCGGCAACGGUGUGCUUCUCCAAGAGCUUGCUAAGCAUGGAUUCUCAGACUUAACUGGCGUUGACUACAGUGAAGGGGCAAUUAACCUUGCUCGCGGUCUUGCUGAGAGGGAUGGAUUUAAAAACAUUGCUUUCUCGGUUGAUGAUGUUCUUGAUACCAAGUUGGACAGACAGUUUCAGCUUGUAAUGGAUAAAGGAACCUUGGACGCCAUUGGCCUGCAUCCGGAUGGCCCUAUCAAAAGGCUUAUGUACUGGGAUUCUGUUGCAAAAUUAGUGGCACCUGGUGGAAUAUUAGUAGUAACAUCGUGUAACAGUACUAAAGAUGAGUUGGUGCAAGAGGUAGAUAGAUUUAAUCAAAGAUCUACUGUCCAACCUGAAAGCCAAGAUGGUCAAACAUCAGCUCCUUUCCAAUAUAUUGACCACAUUCGAUCUUACCCGACAUUCAUGUUUGGAGGAGUCGAGGGAUCGCGUGUUGCAACAGCAGCUUUUCUCCGCAACUGAAGAUUAAUAGAUUUUAAUACAGGCUUAUAUUUCAUCUAACUGGUCACUGGUGUUUUUAUAUGGUUCCAAGUUUGUGGACUGCUAUAUGGACUAUAAAAGAAGUGCCUGCAAACUUAUUGAAGUUGUUUAUUAUUCAAUGGUCGAAAGUUGAAACAUUUUCGAGUUAACAACUUGCGCUUGCAACGUGGAUUGUCUAAUUUAACAAGGGAAGUUAAUUUUGUAAAAAGCAUGUAAUGUAAAUUGAACCUCUCGGAUUCUAUUUAUUAUUCUUGCUUGAAAUCAUUUUCAA